AAAUAAUCCGGCGCAGACCGGUAGCACUGCUGGUGGAUCUAGCAGCUCUUCUUCUCCCCUCGCGUCAGGGACGCAGGAGGCUGCAAUCCCGGAGCCUGGAGAGGACUUUCGACGGAAUCAGCCACCUGAAGUGCUCGAGCGCCUGGACGAGAAUCGGCGUGUCGUCCGCAGGAACUACAACCAGUCUUCCAGCAGGACUCUGAUUUCUUCGAGCGUAUUUCAUGACCAGUCGGGAGCCAAGCCGCUGCCAGACAACCAUGGAGCCAGCGUUGGCGUUGAGGAUACUCCGAAUAUCCUGAGUAAAAACGAGGCCCAUGCCCCAUAGUCGAGAUGGUAAAUCUGCGAGACAAGAACUCGCGGGGCCGCUCCUGGUGAUAUUUAUGCAUGAGUCGUGUCUUGUAUUUUGCGCAGACGCAUCAACAUCAAGAAGCCGCUGGCUCAUGCUGGUUUGAGCAUGAGAUAGAAAUCCUAAACAACGCAUCAACUACCGAGCUUCCUAUCUCAUGUGGGUGUGGCUGCGCAUGAGAAACAUACUGGGCAUGCAAAUCGGCAUCGCAACUCUGGUGGGGUGGGAACGUCAACGUUCAUUUUACUGAGGAUACAGAAUAUUUUGAUGUUCCCGCAGUCGAAGCCCGGUCCUGCAGGAUUCCUCGCGCCGAAUAGUGGAGGUGGACAACACCAAGCUAUUGAACACAAAUGUUUCUGGGCCUGCGAGGAUGAAAACUCGUCAUGCGAAAGCUACCUCGUGCAAAAUAAAAAUCUGUGUUGCGUAAGUGAACGGCAAAUCCUACCCACGCCAUGCCACACAAGAAAGGGCGAAUUUCUUAUUCGGAAUAUACAUAAUUGAGAAGCCCUUGCACAAUUUGUGAUGCUUCUAGGCGCGCCGAAGUUCCAGACCAUUUGUGUAUUCCACGAGCUGCAUGACAAACCGUGCAUUCUUCCAGCCCCAGAUAACAUCAUAUGUGCAAUGCAUACAAGCAGGACCAGCUAGCAGCAGUUCCUCAUCUACUUCAUCAUCGACGCCAAAUUAUCUUUGGCAAACGCAUCGUACUUCGGUAACGAAAUGGAAACAUGCAUGCAUGACAACAUUGUCGUGCAUUAUUACAACUUGUGUGUGCCUGACAAGUGCCAUUUCCUACGUUGCUAAAAUAAUUUCUAUUUCUAUUUCUUAUGCGAUUGCUACCAAAGUACGAUGAUCGUUUUGCAUUGCACACGAAGCCAAUCGCGAACGAAGCCAAUCCUGAACUGGUGGUUUUCGAGAAUUGUCGGACCAGGAUGGGAGACUAUGAAAUCAUAAACCGUCGUUUUGUCGUAAACCACGGAGGCAACGGAGUUGUGCCGCCCUACUGGGUCGAAAACGGUUUUGUAUUCAGUGCAAAAGCAAGUAAUCGCACUUACACCUAGUAUAGAAUUAAAAAUGAAUUGCAUUUGCAAAAAUAUCAAAAAGAGUAUUUGCCAGGCAGGUUCAGAUAGGACAUCACGUUUGUCAAAUGCAGGAUUGCAAUGAGCGCAAGUACCCCACUGCUUUUGCACAGCAUACGAGGUCACCUUUCUGCACGAGCCAGACGCGGAGCCCUCCCUCGCCACGAGUGCUGGUAAUUGUAGUAGCGGGGUUGGGAGCAGCAGCAGUGCGGCACAAUCACCCGCCCCCGGGAUACAGUCACCAGUGGCUGCUGCAGACCACGCAGACGCGACUGGUGCAGGAGGUGCUGGGGCCACCAAUGGUGCUGCGCAAGAUUCCGCUCCCGAACUCGGAGGUGAUGCGGGUGAACAGGUAAGUAGUACAACAGGACAACCUUCUCCUGCCGUCGGCGGUCCUGGGGCCGGCCAACAGGGAGAAGAUGGUCCUGUUGACAAUGGCAAUGGGAACAAUGGUGCCAACGCUUUCGAUAAUGAUGCUCCUGCGGAAAACCCUUGUCGUUUUCCCGAGCCGGAGCCUGAAGAGUGAAGAUAAACGCAAAUCGCCAACACAGCCCAAUUAUAAUACCUUGUGCCGUAAGGCGGGAGGCAUUACUUAGAAUUUGGUGGAACUGCUUACCAAAGCCUGAUGUAGCCGUAGUGAUCCUACGGAAUGCGUUUACGCCCGUCGAGUACCUGUGAUGCGCAGUCCGACUAUUUUUGUUUACGUAUCAUAGUCACAAAAUAAAAAGUUUCACCAACGACCUUUUUAUUUCUCGCUAGCGUGGAAGAUAGAUUCAGUGCUUGUUUGCAAAAGUAUCGUAAGGGCGUACACGGCUCUAUAUAUGAUGUUUUAUUUACUUUAGAUUUCUCUGAAGAUCUCAGAUGCAGCAUGCUUGACCUUGCGUGCAAGAAAGUAUAGUUGGAAAAUGAAACUUCUAUACAUGAUUGGAAAAUUAAAUUAUCCAUGUUCACGCUCGAAAAGAGCGCAACAAGAAGCCAAGGAAAGCUGUCAUUUAGAAACGUAGCAGCAAUUGGGAAAUUCACAUUCUAAUAGCACCUCCUGUCGGUUUUUAUUCUGGGGAACAGCAACAGCAUUUCAUGGAAAAUAGACAAUAGACUGUACGAAGAAAACAACAAAUCAGUACAUGGAGAAUCACAAAGAUACGCUCUGACGGACGGAUAAAGUUAUGUUGUACCAACCUUCGGGCAAAACGAAGAGACGAAUUCCUAUUCGAAGCAUACUUCUUGCACUUUCGCGAGCUGGCAAACAGCAUUCACUAGUGGAUAAUUCAUACGGGGUAGUUCAAGAAAGAAAAACAUGGAGAAUACAUUCUGAAGGACGUAGUAAUUAUCGUUUCAACACUCUCGUGCAAAACGAGAAGAAGAAAAUGUAGAGGCAAGCGCAGUUUUUGCGCUUCACUUUGAAAUUGUAGCAGGCAACAAUUCACUUCUCUGCGACCAAGUUCUUCGCUUCCGU